CAUUCUUGUUCACGUGUUUUCCAGUUCCUGGAUGGGUGUAACCAGCAUGUCUGUGGUGAGCAACUACUUUCCUUGUUUCUGACAGUUAGACACUGCAGGGUGAAAUGGCACAGCAAGAAAAGUUCUGCUGUUCAAUCUGUCUGGAUCUACUGAAGGAUCCGGUGACUAUUCCCUGUGGACACAACUACUGCAUGAACUGUAUUAAAACCCACUGGGAUGGAGAGGAUCAGAAGGAAAAUUGUAGGUGCCCUCAGUGCAGACACCCCUUCACACCGAGGCCUGUCCUGGUGAAAAACACGAUGUUAGCAGAUUUAGUGGAGGAGUGGAAGAAGACUGGACUCCAAGCUGCUCCUGCUGAUCACUGCUAUGCUGGACCUGAAGAUGUGGCCUGUGAUGUCUGCACUGGAAGACAAAUGAAAGCCUUCAAGUCCUGUUUAUUUUGUCUGGCAUCUUACUGUAAGGAACACCUUCAGCCUCAUUAUGAUGUGGCUGCAUUAAUGAAACACAAGCUGGUGGAGCCCUCCAAGAAGCUCCAGGAGAACAUCUGCUCUCGUCAUGAUGAGGUGAUGAAGAUGUUCUGCCGUACUGAUCAGCAGAGUAUCUGUUAUCUCUGCUGUGUGGAUGAACAUAAAGGCCACGACACAGUCUCAGCUGCAGCAGAAAGGACUGAGAGGCAGAGAGAGCUGGAGGUGAGUCGACAAAACAUCCAGCAGAGAAUCCAGGACAGAGAGAAAGAUGUGAAGCUGCUUCAACAGGAGGUGGAGGCCAUCAAUCAGUCUGCUGAUCAAACAGUGGAGCACAGUGAGAAGAUCUUCACUGAGCUGAUCCAUCUCAUCCAGAAAAGAAGCUCUGAUGUGAAGCAGCAGAUCAGAUCCCAGCAGGAAACUGAAGUGAGUCGAGUCAAAGAGCUUGAGGAGAAGCUGGAGCAGGAGAUCACUGAGCUGAAGAGGAAAGAUGCUGAGCUGAAGCAGCUCUCUCACACAGAGGAUCACAUCCAGUUUCUACACAACUACCCCUCACUGUCAGCACUCAGUGAGUCUACAGACUCAUCCAGCAUCAAUAUCCGUCCUCUGAGCUACUUUGAGGAUGUGACAGCAGCUGUGUCAGAGGUCAGAGAUAAACUACAGGACAUUCUGAGAGAGGACUGGACAAACAUCUCACUGACAGUCACUGAAGUGGAGCCAGAGCCAAAGACCAGAGCUGGAUUCUUAAAAUAUUCAUGUGAAAUCACACUGGAUCCAAACACAGCAAACAAACAGCUGUUAUUAUCAGAGGGGAACAGAAAAGUAACAGUAAUGAAUGAACAACAGUGUUAUUAUCAUCAUCCAGACAGAUUCACUUAUUGGUGUCAGGCCCUGAGUAGAGAGAGUCUGACUGGACGUUGUUACUGGGAGGUGGAGUGGAGAGGGAGAGGAAUUCAUGUCGCAGUCGCUUACAAGGAUAUCAGUAGAACAGGGUGGGGUAAUGAGUGUAAAUUGGGACGUAAUGAAAAUUCUUGGGCAUUCAAUUAUUACAAAAGUAGUUAUACAUUUUGGUACAACAACAUCCAAACUCCUGUCUCAGGUCCUCAGUCCUCCAGAGUAGGAGUGUACCUGGAUCACAGAGCAGGUAUUUUGUCCUUCUACAGCGUCUCUGAAACCAUGACUCUCCUCCACAGAGUCCAGACCACAUUCACUCAGCCGCUCUAUGCUGGACUCUGGCUUUACUCUGGUGUAAUAAGUGCUAAAUUCUGUAAACUAUAAUAGAAUUUCAUAUUCAUAUAAAUGUGCAUUUAAUGUUUUCUCCAUCAUUGUUGUGCCAUUUCUGUUCUGCACAGAGAUCAGCUGUCAGUCAACAUUGUGGGUGGUACCUCGACAUUUUCCAGUUGUUCUCUUGAUGUUUUGGAGUUCAUUCUCUGGAGAUUAUUCAUUUGUCUGUUUAGCCAUGGAGGCUAUCAUCACGCAUAAUGUUUUUAAUUUGUAAAAUUAUUUUUUACAUGAAAAUGGAAACAUCUCUGUGCUCCAAAUGUAUAAAUGAAUAUUUGUAUUGAUGUCUUUUUACCUUGUUGUUUCUGUUCCACUUCAAGGACAGAGACAUGGGCAGACCCCCUUUAAAGAAAUGUUCACACAGUUUUUUGUAUCAGUAUAUGAAGAAAGAAUAGAGAAUUAUAUUUAUGUUUAGCACACCAAAUACUUAUGAUGUUGUUGUCUAAGCUGACAAACAAAUUGAAGGUUUUAAUAAUUAAAAGAAUGUC